UCUUCCGCAAGCUUCCCCGAUCAGGCUAGAGAUCUUCGCUAGCUUAUGCAUUCGAGGAGUGAAACAACAAGCCAUUCCCGCCGUUUGUGGGCUUCCCGGUCAGACUAGUAUAAAGACGGCGAGCGAGCAUUUUGAUACUUUGAGAAUCCUCUGCACAACCCACAAUCCUUCAGUACCUCAGCCAUACGCCGUCGUCAUGUCUCCUCAAUCCGAAGAGGUGUCCCAUCCGCCAUUGGAGCUUCAAGUCGCUGGUCAGGACGCUGAGUCCGAAGACAAGAGCAGUGAGGACCACAAGUUGGACGUCGUAGAUCGCGAGAUCCACGGUCUUCGCUGGCUGGCAAUCUGCAUCUCUCUCUACGCCACCUGUAUCCUUUACGGCCUCGAUACCACCAUCGUCGCCGAUGUUCAGGGUUCUGUCAUUGAGCAGUUCGGACACGUCGAGCAACUCGCAUGGGUCGGAGCAGGAUUUCCUCUGGGCUCCGUUUGUGUCGUCCUCCCCCUCGGAAAUCUGUACAACUCGUUCAACAUCAAAUGGACCUUCAUCAUCACCGUGCUCCUUUUCGAAAUCGGCUCAGCUAUCUGUGGAGCCGCUCCAUCCAUGAAUGCGCUCAUCGUCGGUCGCGUCAUCGCCGGUGUAGGAGGCAGCGGAAUCUACCUUGGCUCGUUGAAUUACUUCUUGGCCAUGUCGGGUACAAAGGAGCGCAGCUUUUACAUGGCAUUGAUCGGUAGCUGUUGGGGCGUCGGUGCCAUUCUGGGUCCCGUCAUUGGCGGAGCGUUUGCGACGUCCCCAGCCACUUGGCGAUGGGCAUUUUACAUCAACCUGGUCAUCUUUGCUCUUUCACUUCCUGCUUACAUCUUCUGCCUUCCCUCGAUCAAUCAUGGGAGAGGCAUCAACUUACGCGAACGAAUCGCCCGCCUCGACUUUGUCGGCUAUAUUCUCGGUGCCGGCACUUGGGUUGGCUUUCUCUUAGCUGUCACGAUGGCAGGCGGACAAUGGGAAUGGAAGGACGGAAGAACCAUCGCCACUUUUAUCGUUUUCGGAGCCACCUUGGUCGCAUACGUCCUCCAGCAGGCCUUCGCCAUCUUCACCACCAAAGAGAACCGUUCUUUCCCAGUCCAGCUGUUGCGCGAACGUACCCAAGUCCUCCUUUACAUCAAUACCUCGGCCGGCAUUACCACACUCUACAUCGCCAUGUUCUACAUCCCCAUCUAUUUCCAGUUCACGAACGGAGAUAGUGCUUUGCAGGCGGCUGUUCGUUUGCUACCUUUCGUCAUCGUGGCCAUUUCGGUUAAUCUGGCAUCGGGAUACUUUUUGAGCGCCAUCAAAAUCUACAUGCUGAUCUACGUUAUCGGCGGUGUCUUCUUGACGCUCGGUGGCUCCCUCCUUACUGCAUAUUUGAAUCCGGACACAACACAUGGAACCAUCUACGGCUUGUGCAUUAUCACCGCAAUCGGCAGCGGCCUGGCAAUGUUGGCUGGUUAUUCCAUCGCUUCGCUCACGACAAAGCCGGAGAAUGGUGGACCGGCCCUCACCAUGCAGAACGUGUCACAACUCGGAGGCCAGGUCAUUUCUCUCGCCAUUGGAGGCCAGAUUUUCCAAUCCACGGCAGUUCGAAAUCUGCGGUCUGUUCUUGCUGGCCAGAAUUUUUCAGAGGAAGAUAUCCGGAGCGCUGUCUCGGGCGUCCAGAGCAGAGUGCUGGAGGAAGUUCACGGGGAAUUGCGCGAAGAGGUCGUCUUGGCCCUUGUGAGCGCAAUGCAGAAGGUUUUUAUACUCAUUCCUGUUGCAGGAGCAGUCAUGCUCGUGGCUGCGCUGUGCAUGAAGAGGGACAAACUCUUCAAUGUAAGUGCCGUGGCCGCUGCUUAG